AUGGCAAACUUCUCCAUUGAAUGGCUAUCCAAAAGUUUUUAUUCAACGCACAAGGAAACGGAGGAGGUUAAGAGAACCCGUCUUCCAGAUCCACCUAAACCCGGGACUUAUUCAAGUAUUGAAGUGCUUUCCAACGCCCCGGUGGACAGCUAUUCUCCGACCUCGCCGAACAAUAGCUGUGGCUACACGUCGGGCUCCGAGAGCGAGCAGGGGGAGGACAGCGAGGGGGAGGCCGGCCUCCACCGCAGGAUGAGGACCAAGUUCACAUCGGAGCAGAUCAACAGACUGGAAGACACCUUCGGCCGGCACAAGUACCUGGGCGCUACGCAGAGGAGGAAGAUCGCCGAGAAGCUUAGCCUAUCUGAAACUCAGGUGAAGACCUGGUUUCAGAACAGACGGAUGAAGUUGAAGCGAGACAUCCAGGACUCGCGCCCCGAGUUCUUCACUGCUCCGCCGGGUUUACUACCGCCUUUUCUGUACGCGCCCGCUCCUGCGUUUCAGCACCACCCGCUCGGCGGUCAGCUCCCUCUCUACAACUCUCGCGACGGCUCCCCUCAGCCAGUUCGCGGGCUCUCGUACCCCGCGCAACAGCUGGUGCACCAGCAGCACAUGCACCCGCUGGCUCCCCCCUACUACUAUUAAACCCCAGCGUGUUGAACACGUUGGCUUGAUGCUUUUACA